UUGAAAAUUCAAGUCACGCAUGCUAGUUUGUUUCACACAUACACUAUCAUCAAGCCGUUUGGUCAUUUCCACGCCAGUGCGUAUAAACGCCAGUGCAUAUAAACGGUCAGGAAGACGCCGGAUCAUCCGACAAUUGACGAGUUAUUGAGCCAUGCAGCUCCAGAAAUUAGCAGCAAUAUUGUUGCUAAUUAGUAUAGGCCAUUCGGCACUGCUCGCCGCCGUUGGAGCGCCGCCGCCGCCUCCUGGCAGCAGCAACUGCUCGACGGCGUGCGGCGGCGUCGAUAUCCCCUACCCGUUCGGCAUCGGCCCUGCAGGCUGCGCGUUGCCCGGCUUCGAGCUCACCUGCCGCGACACCAACAAUGGCGGCAAGAAGCCAUUCUUGGGGCACGGCGGACACUUCGAGCUGGCCGGCGUGUCCCUGUCCGAUGGUCAGGCCCGCGUGUGGAACAACAUCUCCUCCUACUGCAACGACACCUCCCAAACCAUCAUGGAUGUGGUGAGCUUCGCUGAUCCGUACAGGCUCUCUCAGGCCGGCAACACGUUCGCCGUCGUCGGGUGUCAGGCGGUGGCCGUCGUCGGGGUCGGAGAUUCCGCCGAUAACAUCGUGCGUUUCCUGAGCGGGUGCGUGGCGACCAACUGCGGGCGACGCGGCGAUCGCCUCGCCGACGGCGCCUGCUCCGGGGCAGGCUGCUGCCAGACAACGAUAACGAAGGGGUUUAACGCCUACCAGGUCGAGUUCCAGAACUACUCGACAGUGUUCAACAGCUCGAAGGAUAUCUACAACGUCAGCCGCUGCAGCUACGCGGCGCUGAUGGAGUCGUCGAGCUUUAGCUUCAGGAGGAGCUACGCGACAUCGUCGGAAUUCUUCGACGCCAACGGCGGGAGAGUGCCCGUGGUGGUCGAAUGGGCCGUCCGGAACGCGAGCAACUGCGUGGAGGCGCGGAAAAACCGAGAAUCGUAAGCCUGCGUCAGCAUGAACAGUGCGUGCGUCAACUCGUCCAGCGGACCAGGCUACAUCUGCAACUGCGCCAAGGGAUUCGAGGGCAACCCUUACCUCCCAAACGGCUGCCUAGAUAUUGAUGAAUGCAAAGAACCGAAGAAAUACCCUUGUUAUGGAAACUGCAAAAAUAUACCAGGGCAUUUCGACUGUACAUGCCCUAAGGGUACCCGAGGAAAUGCCUUUGUUGAAGGAGCAUGCCAAAAAAUCAUCUUAACAUCCGGAGUACGAAUAGCAAUUGGAGUUGUUGCGGGUGCAUUGGUUGGCCUCUUUGGUUUCCUUGGAUGGGGGGUGAUCAAGUACAAACAGAGAAUAAAAAAACAAGCUCUAUUAAGACAGGCUGAUGAGUUUUUUCAACAACACGGAGGUCAGCUCCUUCUAGAAAUGAUGAAGGUAGAGGGCAAUGCGGGGUUCACCCUCUAUGAGA